AUGGCAACAACACCUCAACUUCCAGUUUUAACUGAGAGCAGGAACAGUCUAGUAUCAAUUCAGAACACACCAAGAGUUGAUACACCUAGAGAGAGGGCUUCAAGAUGGGCUUCAGAAGUCAGGAAAAGAAUCGAAGAUAAUAUCAAGGAAGGUAUAGAAAAUGUUGAUGAAGAAGAUGUAAAAAAAUUAAAAACUGAAUUAAUAGCCAUUUUUAUUACUGCUUUACAACAAGAUAGCCGUUCAACUUGGUUAUAUCUACAAGAAAUAUUAGAGCUAUUGGAACCAUAUCAGAAUUUAUUUCAUUAUUAUUUAACCAAGGCAGAGUUCAACCAUUACCUAGAGAGAAUACACAGUCAUUUUGAAAUUCAUCGUGAACGAUUGUUUGAUUUGCCCAUUGUUGACUGUUUAGCUAAGGUCUUCCCUGAGGAGAUGCAAGCUUUAAGAAUUAAAGGACCUCACCCAGUGAAAAAUUAUUGUAAUCCACCGAUGAUAAAACAAACUCCUGUCUCUCCAAGAAAAUCUCAGACUCCCAGGAACUGUCUUCCAGAUGGCACCAACCCUUAUUCUACACAUAUAGCUAGUGAUGAAGAAAUGUUGUCCCGCCAAUCUUUAACAAUUCGAGACUUGGGUAAAUCUAUUGGUAAUGUUGCGUUCGAGAUGGCAGCACGAGAGUCAAUAUGGAAACACAGUUUAGGAACAACAGCUUUAGCUCUGAAUACAGAUAUACCAAUACCAGAAGAGCCUGGAGAUAAGAAACUGUCUAGAAGAACUAGUAGUAUUCAAGUUAGAUUAACACCAGAGAAGCUGAAAGCUGUCAUUGCCAAAUCCAUUAAAACAAGUCAGGAAGAGAUACCAGUAAUGACUGGAAGAGAGGCUGUGAUAUAUUUUGCUAAAUGUCACCAUAUCGGGAAGAUAGAGUCAAUUUAUUUUAAUUUGGCACCGUCACGAUAUUACAGACCCUAUGAACUUAUCUCAUGUCCUCAAAAUAAGGCAGAAAGUGAACAUUAUGUAUUUUGUACGUUUGGCGUUUUACAUGUUUACCCCAAUCAAGACAGUGAGAGCAUGACACUGGGUGAAUGGCAGAAAGAGGCUGUUUUAUGGACAGCAGUUUCCACCAUACCUUUCUUUAAAAACUAUCUUGUGUUGAAGUCAUUUAAAAGAUGGCGUUCUAAUAAAUUAUUUUUGAAUUUUCUGCGUAAGAAGGAAAUAUUGUCAAAAUGUCUGCUCAAGGCCGUUCCUGCUUUUGGUGCUGCUUUGCUUCAAGUAUCAAGAUUGUUAAAAGAAUUAUUGUUGGUCAACUUCCUGCCGUUUGAACUAGAUAAAACAUAUAGUUUAGGAGAAUAUGAAAAUGCUGUCAACUAUAAAAAUAUUCAAGCUGAUAAAAUACUGGAAAGGUUCUUCAAGUUUUGUAAAACUGUAGCAGAAUUUACAGCUGAAGAAUCUUUUAAGAAAUUACGAUAUUGUGAAGAUCAAGUACAGAAGAAAUCAUUAUUCACCAAGGAUUCCAUGCAUCUUCAACGUGUUAAAAAGGAACUAAGAGAAGACAACUUGAAAAAUGCUAGAAGAGAAACUGGACAAUUGGGAGAUUUUGUACGUCUGAUGGACAUGAUGAUAAUCGAACAUAUGUUCGAUAUUACCAAAAACCAUGUUCUCAAGUUUGUCCACCAUGUCUUGUCUUUAACAGAAUCUAAUUCUAGUCGAGAUGGUUUCUUUAAAACCAACCUAGUCUUCAAUAAACAUGAUUGUCUGACAAUAUCACCAUCCAAAGAAAGAUUUCAGAGAGUGUUAAGCAGAACCUUAAAAGGGAUUCCUGUGGUACUGUGUGCUAAAGCUCAAUCUAUGGAUGGUUCAGGUCAACAAGACCAAGAUGUUCCCGAUGACGGUAAAUCUGCUGAUAUUUCACAGUCUGAAUCCAAGUUGUUAUUCAGCAUGUUACACAUUGAGAGUAAGAAAACGUCUGUCACCUCAUUUGGUGGUUCAGUGAAACCAGAUACAUCAAGAACAUCGACAUCUGAAAAAGCUUCCCAGAAAGGAGAAACAGCUCGUCCUGUCAGCAAUAAAACAUCCAGUAGUUACGUCGGACCUGAUUUACCAAAACAAGUUACACCCAAUAAGUUAGAUGAUGAGCUUGGAGUGGCUACACCAGAUCUAGUACUGAAGGAUGGUGAAGAGAUAUUGAUAGUGGAAGGAGAAGGCUUCAUGGGUCAGUAUGAACCUAUAAUACGAGCAAGUCUUCAAGAAAAACUGCAACUUGAUGGAGAAUAUCUAGAAGCCAUUAAAGUUCAGACUGAUCUACUGAAGGCAGCCUAUGAUGAAAUUGAUCAUUAUUGUCAGUCAAAUGAAUGGUUGAAUGAAAUCAGCCAUUUUUGUCGGAAAUGGAACGACAAAUCUGUGAAAGAAUUCAAAGGGGCUGCUGCUUUCACCAUAGAGCAAAAACUAACAGAACUAAGAAUGUGGUCUGAAAAAAUUCGAAACUUUGAUGUUGGUUUUACCACAGAGAAUGGCCUGUUUCUGAUUGAUUGUUCAGCUAUACAUGAUGGACUGUUACCACGACUUAAUGAUAUAUAUCAAGAACUUAUUACCUUCAUUGCUGAAGAGGCCAGAUCUAUGUCCAAGGUCUUCUGUGAAGAAAUGAAAAUCGUCUUAAAGAAUAUGAAAGAUAAGAGACCAAUCGUCAGUGCUUUUGCUAUUUUUGCCAAGAAUUAUUCUCAAUAUAAGAAAAAUACACCACAAUAUCAACAGAGAGUAGAAUAUAUUAAAUCUCUAUUUGAGGUGAUUCGAAUGAGUUACCGACAGCUGACUCCAGAAGAAGAAAAAUAUGAAGAAAAUGUCUGGGCAUCAUGGGAAGCUUUUCUCAUGCAGAUGCAAGAUGCAUCAGAGUUCGUCAACACACAAACACCUUUAAUGACUCAGUUAUUAGAGGAUAAUUAUCAGAGAUUGGAAAAAGAAGCCUAUGAACUAUGUGAGAAAGCUACAACUGGAAUAUUCCUAGAUCCUCAUCAAAAUCCUUGUUUCAUUCUCAUGGAAAUGAAAGCUAUAAGAGAAAAGUUUUUCUCGGUCCAGAUACAAUUACAAGAUGCUAGUAAAUGGAGAGAAGCCAUCUGUGGAGAGCCGUAUGAUCUCAAGUUCCUCAAUGAGAUGACAGCCAAGAUGGACAUACGUGGUGAACUGUGGAAAUAUGUAGAAGUUUCUACUAAUUCAAUCAAAGAUUGGAAACAGACCCUCUUUAAAAAGAUCAAUAUAAAGAAGGCUCUAGCAAAGGUAACAGAAUGGAUUGGAGCAGCUAGUCAGUUGAAAGAUCAUCUUGAUGAUGGUGAUCUGGUAUUAACUCACUGGUACAAAACAUUAACAGAGUUUAAAAAGAGUUUACCAUUGCUAUAUAAGCUCUCUAAUGUUGCUUUAAAGGAACGACAUUGGAAGGUGAUAUUUUUGGGAAUGAAUGAACCCUAUGACCCCAGCCAUUCUCUAACUGUGGAUGAUUUGAUAGUGUGUAACUUGACAGAGCAUGCAGAGCUGAUAAACUCUGUUUAUCUCAGUUCUCUGGCAGAGUAUGAUCUAGAGUUGAAAUUGAAUAAGAUUACUGCCAAUUGGGAAGAGAAAGCAUUCAAAUUAGCCAAGCAUAUCCCUGAUAGUCUGUAUGCCAAGGAUGCUAGUAAUAAAAGAGUUCAAAGUUCAACUAAAAGACAGAGUAAAAUAGAAAAAUUCCGGCAAGAGAAAGCUAACGCUAGUUCUAGUUCACUGAUUAGUUUAGAUGUUGCCAAUGAUGAUCUGUAUAUUAUAAUUGAGGUGGAGAAGCUCAAAUACCAGUUAGAGGAUACGCGUAUUACAGUAGAAUCUAUGGCCCAGUCUAGCUACCUAGGUGAUGUUAAAAAUACAGUAGAAAUCUGGCAAGAUAACCUACAACAGAUAGAAGAAAUCACAGAUUUGUGGUACACUGCUCAGAAAAAGUGGAUGUAUCUGUUAAAGAUUUUUGAAAAACCUCAUUUAUACAUGAAAUGGCCGGAACAAGCUGAAAAAUUUGAGAAAGUUCAUAACAAACUAAAGGAUUGGAUGAGAGUUGUUGUACAAGAUAAUAAAGUGAUGUCUGUUGUAAAUCAUAAAAGAGGUAGUAAAGGAUACAGGCUAUUACAAGGAGAUUACCUACGUACAUUAUUCCUUAAUAUUAUAGCUGAAGAGGAAGACAUUUUGAAAGAUUUUGAAAUGAUAUUUGAGGAAACCCGACAGCAAUUUACCCGCCUAUUUUUCCUCAGUAAUCAGGACAUGGUAGAAUUACUUGGAAUCUCCAGGAAUCCACAGAAUUUGCUGCCAUUUGUACGGAAAUGUUUCCCUGGAAUACAAGAGUUAAAGUUUGAUUUACCACAAGGAACUAGUGCUAUGAAUACAGUUUUGGACUUUGCUCUCAACACUGAAAAACUGUGUGUGGUGUCGCUAUGUGGUAUGUUGGGUGAAGAAGUUCCGUUGUUGGCCAGGCUAGAAGCAAACCCGUCUGCUACCAAAUGGUUGAAAACUCUAGAGAGCAUAAUGAAGAACACUUUGACAGUGAUGAUGCAAGCUUGUGUUCAAGCCAGAAUGGAUGAAGGAUCCAGACAACCGAUACAUAUCCUGGAAGAACUGUCUCAGUAUAAAAAACCUGAAGCUGAAGCUCUGAAGAUCGGAAUUAAACAGACUUACAGACACUGGCUACUUCAGUUCCCUGUCCAAUGUGUCAUCACAGCUGAGGCUAUCAUGUGGAAUAAAAGCAUGAGUCGAAUUCUGGAAAGUCCUGAAACAGAAGAUCUUAAAUCUUUAAGAAGUAAUAUGGAGUCUAAACUGGAACAAUAUAUAGAUAUAUUAAAAGAAGCAACAACCAAUGGUAAUAUAGUAGCUGAUAUGAGAGAAAGACUACAGGCACUACUUUAUUGUUUGAUUAACCAAACCAUUUCAUACAGGGAUGUUACAAAUAAUCUAAUAGAAAAUAGUUCUGUAUCAACGUCCUCGUUUGAUUGGAUAAAGUUGAUGCAUCAUAAAAUGGAUAUUAGAAAUGUCUUGAGAGCUAAAACAACCGAAGCAGACGGCAGUCAGUCACAGAGACUUGUACAUAAAGCAUCUUUACGUAGUGUUGAGGAGAUUCCUAAGCUGGCUAGAGCUAGAACCACAGUUUCAUCAGAUUUCCAGUUCAGCCCAUGUUAUAUCCAGAAUCUAGGCAAUGUAUUCUUGUAUGAUUAUGAAUACUUGGGUCCAUCUAACUGUUUAACAUUGACACCACUGACAGAGCGAGCAUUCCUGUCUCUCUGCCAGUCAUUGAAGAACUUCCAGUGUGGUACCCUGAUAGGUCCUGCAGGAACUGGAAAAUCUCAAACCAUACAGGAAUUGGCAAAGAUGUUAGGACGAUGUCUGUUUACUGUAACAUGUAAUGAGAAUCUUACUCUACCAAUGAUGAUACAGUUUUUAUCAGGUCUAGUUCAGUCUGGUUGUUGGGUUCUCUUUGAUGAUACUGAUAAGUUAACUUCAGGAUUAAUGUCCGUAACAGCUCAACAUUUAGACUAUUUACGAACAGCAUUAAAAACAUUAGAUAUGUCUAAUAAUAAUCAGUAUAAGAUCCGAGGACAAGCUCAUUUUGAUAAGAAGGUUGGUAGUGAAGAACAAGUAAUAAGAAGAAAUUCUCUAACAACACUUCAUCCAUUACCUCACACUACACCAUCUCCUGGUCUAGAUAGACAGAGAACUGUACCACAUGGUUUUAAUGAGAAAGGAUUGAUGACAUAUUUUGAAGAUACAUGGAUAGCUGAAAGAGAACAGAGACGCCAUUCUAUCGAAAGAGAAAUAGAAAUAAAAGAAUCUGAAUUAUACAGAGCUAAUAGACCACCUCCAUUAUUCUAUGAACAUGUGAAAAAGAGAAAAUCCCAAGUUGAUUACAGUAAAUUAACCCAAGAACCCAGCUAUUUUCAUCCUAAAUUGGGUAAUAUUAUGUUUAAUGGUAGACUGAUACCAGCUAGCUCUAACUAUGGGUGCUUCAUGACCAUGACCACAAGAAAUAAUACUGCUUCUCAUAUACCAGAGAAUUUCAGGCUACUAAUGAGACCCUGUGCACUGGUUGUUCCAGACACAAAUCAGAUUAUCCAGACCAUGUUUUAUAUCUACAACUAUACUACUUCAUUACAACUAGCUCAAAAGUUCUCACGAUUUCUUAGUUCUUUGAAGUUAUAUUUACCAAAUAGUCCAAGUUCCAACAUCAAUUUACGAGAAAUAAAGACUAUUAUUAUAGCCAGUGUUAAAAACUUACGAAGCAAUAGACAUUUAGAUUAUAUCUCUACAGAAACUGAGGAUGGAGAAUCAAGAACAUCUGAAACAGAAGAUAUUGGAAUGGCAGAAGAGAACAGUUUAGUUUUUACUUUAAAAGAACUUCUCACCUCCCGUUUUGAAGAUGCAGAACAUGUAUCUAUAUUUAGUAACAUAUUAAAGGAUGUGUUUCCAGUCGCUAUGUCCAAUCAACAAGACUUGCCCUACCAGUCUUACGAUCCUAAUGUUGUCUCUGCUAUCAAGUCACAACUUAAAGAUGAUUAUUUAGAAGAAAAUGAAGACUUAGUUUUGAAGACACUACAACUUCAUACAGCAGUAGAACAGAAGAGUCCAGUGAUUAUAACAGGACCUACUGGUAGUGGUAAAUCAACACUAUAUAAUACACUAUCUAGAGCUAUUAAUUCACUGAACUACAAAUCAUACAGUCCCGAUCAUUCUAAAGAUGAAUUAAAUACAGAAUAUGGUUUAGUCCAUGCCAAUACUCAAAAAAUUAAGGAUGAUGAUGGUGAUAUUGUAGCAGACAUAGAAAACACCGAUUUUAUCAAAACUAAGAAACGUGAAUUGACUGGCUUUAAGAAGAUAAAAAAUCUACGUCAGAAUAUAACACGAGCUCAAGAUUAUAUUGACAACGUACAAGACAAGAUCAAAGAAAAGAAAAAACCAGAUCAUGCUGAAUACCCUAAAGUUGAUGUCGUGAAAAUAAAUCCAACUUCUAUGAUGCCUGAAGAACUUCUUGGUCAUUUCCAAAAUGGACUCUGGUCUGGUGGACUACUUACAAAAAUAGUAAAAGAUUCCUACACGAUGGCACUAGCUACUAAGGCGCAUGUAGAAUCAUAUGUAAAUGGUGAUAAGAAAUUAAAGAACACUGGAACAACAGAGCUGCCGUCCAUUUUAACACGCUGGAUUGUGUUAGAUGGUGAAAUGGAUCCAUUGUGGACAGACGGAUUUAAAACCUUACUAGAUGAACAGCGUUGCCAGAUUACAGCUAAUGCUGAAAAAAUUGAACGGAAAGAUACAACAUCAGUUAUAUUUGAAACAUGUUCACUCCACAAUGCCUCACCAUCCUCUAUAGCACGGUGUUCAGUUGUUCACUGUCAAGAGUCCACUGUUUACUGGAAAUCUUUAUUUUAUCACUGGAAACAGACAGCCAAACAUCGCUGGGUCAUAACAGCUAAUUGUACCAACAUACUAGAGAAUCUUAUAGAUGAUGUGUUCCCACCAACCUUAAAAUAUCUCAAAUCUGAAUGUAUGUCUGGUCUCAACAUGAAUAUCAGUCAAACGUUGACCAAUCAGAACUCUGUUGUCAAGGGUAUACAGGAAGUGACAUCAUUCUUCAUGAUUUUUAAUGCCAUGCUGGAUCGUGUGUUAUUACGAGAUGAAUUAGAAAGGAAGUUGAAAUUAGAAACUACAGAAGAUAGGGAAUCGAGUAAUAAAAGUAUGGGGAGUAGUCCCUCCAGGAAUAUGUCUAGUAGACUAACAACCACCUCUCAGAUAGAUAUGAUGAUACCAAACUACAUGGAACUAGUCCAGUCUAUGUUUGCAUUCUCUUUUAUUUGGGCUUUUGGUGGAUCUGUGCAUGACAGAUUUAGAGAUAGAUUUAGUAGAUUUGCUCAUGAGAUUCUGUACCAUGCUCGCCAUCCAAUACGUCUGCCUAUGUGGGGACAAGUGUUUGAUUAUUAUGUGGAAGAAUCUUCGGGUGCCUUUGUACGCUGGAGUGAAAAACAAACAGAAAAACUGAAAAAUGUUGGAGGAUUUAUUGUCACCUCUGAGACUGAAAGAUACCAUUAUAUAAUAGAUUUACUGGUCCACUCUAACCAACCAGUGCUACUAUCUGGUUCUCCUGGUGUUGGUAAAACAUCUUUAAUACAGAAUUUGAUCAUGACUCGUCAUGCUUCAACGACAAUCAGAAUGUCUCAUGAUAUGACAUCGUCAUUGCUGCAGACGAAACUUCUGUCACGUGUCAUGGAGUUGAAAAAUCGUGGGCUGAAUCCAGUAGGAGCAUCAGCUUUAUCCCAUGGAAAACAAAGUCAUUUAUUUUUUAUUGAUGACCUAAGUAUGUGUGGUACAACAGGAAGUUAUCAACCAUCUUUAGAGUUACUACGUCAGACUCUAACUCACGGCGCUGUGUAUGAUAAACAGAGACUAGAGUUACAGACUAUGCCUGAUAUUGGAUUUGUUGCUGCCUGCACCAAUCCUGCCUCUCCAGGUACAGGACUAGGAACAUCCAGUCAUCUGUUGUCAUCCAGAUUAACCAGACUCUUUGUUAAUUUGAACCUGUUUAAACCUUCCACUGAUACAUUGUUGACAGUUUUUUCUAAACCUCUACAUUCGUGGCUUGAAGAGUUCCCUUCCUAUUCUGUAGAACAUCAUCAAGAAUUUGCCAAGGCUAUGGUAGUAGGUCUAUUAGAAGUGUAUAAUUCAGUAAGAGAGAGAUUGAAGCCUUCACCAGCCCAUGCGCACUAUCUCUUCAAUCUACACGAUUUAGCCAAGGUUGUACAAGGAGUUCUGCUCAUGUCCCCUAGAUCUAGGUUGAGGAAAAACAAAAAUAUGAAGAAAGCCGACAAAAGAUCCAAAGGAAGAAAAACUUCCGUUGAUGGUUACAGUAAACCAGCUGAGUCAAGUGAAGCAGCUCCAAUGAUGAAAGUUAUAGCUCAACUCUGGUGCCAUGAAUGCCUCAGAAUAUUUUCUGAUAGACUCAUCUCUGAUGAAGAUCAAUCCUGGUUCAUCAAGAUGUUGGAAGACACAGCUAUAAAACAAUUCUGUUCACCAAGAGAUGAGCUGAAACUUGAAAUGUCAGCUAUUUCUGAGGAACCUGUUGGUCGUUCCACUCCAGCUCAAAAACCAAGAUUUACUCCGCCUGUUAUUUCGAUGUCUACUGAUUUUGAUGACACCGAAGAAGAAUCAGAGGAAGAAAUUGUAAAAGAACCAUCAGAGACUGAUGAAAAUCACGUUGAUUCAGAGAGUCAAUCUGAACCCAAAACUGAUGUCAGUAUUACACAGGAAACAAUAGAAGAAGCUGAUGCUGAACAAGAAACAUCUUCUGAGACAACUGGUCCAGGACAAAUAAGUGAAGAAGAUGCAGAAACGGUGGAGAAUGAACCUAAGAAACCAUCUGUAUCAGAUGAAAGCCAAGAGUCUGAAGAUUCUGAUGAUGAUGCAGAUGAUGAUGAUAGUGAUUCAACUGAUGAAACCAUGACCUAUGGCUCAUCUUCUCUUGGAGAAGUUGGUAAAGAAAACACUCCAGGGUAUAAAUCCAGUCAAAUGACAAACCAAGCCUCACUUUCUUCUUCUAAUCCAACAUCUAAUACCACCUCAACACCACAAACUUUAGAUUCUAAACCAUCCUCAUAUUUACUGGAAGUUACAAGUGGUACAUCACUACCAGGUAAAGGUGGUAAGCAGAGUAAGAAUGCUCGAGUUAAGCGAGGUGUUACUUUUAAAGCAGGAUUGAUAGCUGAUAGAGAUUAUGAAGCGUACGCUGGCCCACUCAUGUCAGUUGAUGAGUUUAAAAGUGGUAAUAAAGCAUUGACUAGUAUUAUAUUUAGUAAAUACUAUAGAACCUGUUAUACUGAACAUGCUGGUCUCCCUAUUGAAAAAGGUUAUAUUGAAACAAAUGAAAAUAAUUUACUGGAAGCUAUGACAACGUGUUUAGAUGUUUAUAACAAUGGAACAAGUCAACAGUUAGAUCUGGUUUUCUUUCAAGAGGCUCUACAUCAUGCUGCCAGACUGAGUCGGGUUUUGGCUUAUCCAGGAGGUCAUGCACUGUUACUAGGAAUAAGUUACUGUACUGGUAGAGCAACAUUAGCUAGAUUAGCUUCUUAUACAGCUAACUGUAAGAUAUUUGAACCGAAAGCACUGGAAGAUAAAAAUAAAAAUCUAAUGUCCAUAAAAGAACAUAUCAAAAGAAGUUGUUUUCAUGCUGGGGUCAAUGGAAGGUCAACUGUCCUGUUAAUACAUGAAGGUUUGGGCCCUGACUGUCUUCAAUUGGUCACCUCAGUCAUGGCAGAAGGUAAAGCACCAGAACUGUACAGUAACGAAGAAGUGACUAAUAUCGUCUGUCAAAUGAUGCCUGGAGGUGUACAGACUAAACGUGUGGAUAAAAUAGAACAAGCCUUUGAUCGCUAUGUCAAACGUAUAAAGCAAAACCUACAUAUUAUAGUCUGCCUAAAUUAUAAAGGAAAUAGUUACUCAUCUGAUUUUAAAUCUUUACAAGACAAGAUCAACCAGUAUCCAGAAUUAAUAAAAUACUGUUUCAGUAUAGAUCUUUAUAAACCAUGGAGUUUUCAGGCAUACGCCUCCAUUGCUAAAGGAUGGCUGGAAGAUCCUAAUUCUAAGAUAACUAUACCAUGGAGUAUAUCCAAGCAGACACAACAGGUAGAUAUGGCAAGCAAGGCUAUGGCCUACAUCCACAUGUCAUCUAAAACAGCCAUUGAGAGACAAUAUUGUCAUGAAAAGGAACCACUAAGAUUCUAUACUCCCCUGACCUUUAUGGAGUUUGUACAUAUAUUUAAAGUUGUAGCUGCCUUUACUGUUAGAGUAGAAAAGAUCAAAGCUAAGAAAUAUGAAGCAGCUCUCUGUAAGAUAGAUGAAGCCUUUGGAAGUAUAGCUACCUACAAGAAAGAAGUGUCUUGUUUGGCACCAAAACAUAAAAGUUCCAUGGAUACCAUUCAAGAUUUGGUAGAAAAAGUGGAAUCCCAGAAACAACAGUACAUACAGGCAUUAGAGAAAUGUAAAACACAAGAAGAUAAGAUAGCUGAGAUACAGUCCCCUCUAGAGCAGCUCCGUCGAACUACUCAGUUAGAAUUUGACAAGGUGAACCCUAGUUACGAAGCAGCUCAAGAAGUAUUAAAGUCUAUUAACAAGGCUGAUAUAGAUGAGGUCAAGACCUUUAAUGAUCCACCAGAGGGGGUCAAAUUUGUUAUCAAAGCCAUCUGUCUUUUGUUCAACAGACCUGAAGAGUGGUCUGAGGGAAAGUUGUUACUUCUGAAAGAGAAUUUUAUUCAAGAGAUGAUCUUUUACAAUAAAGACAAUAUACCACCACAUAUCUAUAAAGCAUUGCAGAAGUACAUCUUCGACCCUAUCUUUAAUCCUGAUAUUUUGAAGAAGCAUAGCAGUGCCAUCGCCUCAUUAUGUCUAUGGGUUCAUGCUAUUUAUAAAUACAUUGAAAUUCAUAGACAGAUGAGGCCACAUUUAAAAAAUUUGUCACUGGCUCAAACAGAAUUCAAUAAGGCUCAAGGUAAAUUAGGUCAGUUAAGAAUAACAGCUAAUAAACUGAAAUCUUCAUUAGAACGUGAAAUAACAGCUCAUAAAGAAGCAAUGAAAGAAGCGAAAGCCAUAGAAAAGAAGAUACAGGGUGUGGAAAGGAAGAUAGCUAGAGCUAGUAAUCUGAUGGGCAAUAUGUCAAUGCAACAUUUCCUAUGGAGGUCAGAGUUAAAGAAAGCCAGACGUCAUAUUCGUGCUGCACCUGGAGAUGCCUUAAUCACUGCAGCUUGUGUCUGCUACCACGGUCCUUUAGAGGAUAAAUUCCGUUCAGAACUGCUAGCUGAUUGGCUGGAUCGAUGUCGUCAAGGUCUCUUUGAUACCCAAUCUUUGGUAGAUCACAGUUUUUAUUCAACCAUGUCCAAAGUUAACUUGUUGAAAGUUCCAGAAAAUGGAAAAAAAUCACCAGAAAAAUCCAGUCCUCAAGUGAAGACUUUCAGAUACAUAUCAGCCGUUUACGACAGUCGAAAAUAUUACAAAUCAGAAUUGAAGCGUCAAGACACGAUGGAGAGUGUCAUACCAAAUAUUGAAAUAGAUGAAGAAGAUGACAAAUCAGAUUUAUCUCCCUUGUCAGUCAGACCUGGCUACACCUUACAAAGUAUUCUCAGCGAUUUUGAUGAAUUGAGUGAUUGGAGAAUGAACAACCUUCCCACUGAUCUUCAUUCGGUACAAAAUGCACUUCUGAUGCGUGUGAGUUGCUUUAAUCGUAAACACUGUUGGCCACUGUUGAUAGACCCCGACAACCAGGCUGAAAUGUGGGUUAAAGCUGUACAGAAGAGUUCUAAUAUUUUUACUGAAAGAGAUGUACUGGAUGAUCCAAAUGAAUAUGUUGCUGGAAUGCCACUACCAUCAAAUCCUGAUUCUAUAGAAAGUGGUGAUACAGUAUAUCAGGAACAUCCCCCUAGUCGUGGCACCAUGUUAACUUUCUCAGAUGUGACGGAAUUCUCCAUUCCUGACAACUAUACUGUCAUUACAGAAACAAGUCGUGGUAUGGGGUCUCGUCAAUCAACAACAAACAGUGAUGAGUUGAGACCAGUAACAUCUGUUACCAAUAGUUGGAAGAAUUAUAAUUUACGAGCUGAUAGUUCUAUAGACCAUCCUGAACAUAAUCUAUGGAUUAUUGAGGCAGAUGAUCCUCAGAUAAAUAGUCGGCUGAUUAAUGCUAUAGUACAUGGUGUAACAGUGUUAGUGACUCAUCUUGAGAGGAAGCCGCUAGAUCCUCUGUUCCGUGGGUUAUUAUUAAAACAGUUUUAUGUUGAUAAAGAUGGUAAUAGAGUAGUACAUGUAGCUGGUGUUGAAUUCAGAUAUCACCCAGACUUCUGUCUUUAUCUCAGCACCACUUUACCAGUUUUUUUGAAAGGUGAUGGUUUGCAUCAUUUCCCACUGCAUAGGCUGUGUGUUAUCAACAUGUCUAUCUCAGAUGAAGCUAUUAUCAACAGACUACUGUUUGAAACAAUGAAAGUGGAACGAAAGGAAUUUGAAGGACAGAAAAGAUCAAAUGAAAAUGACAUUAUUUUACAUCGACAAAUGUUAGCCAAAGAACAUGAAAUCAUAAGAGAAAAGACUCUACAUCUGGAUGUACCGUUACUGGAUGACAGAACAAUGUUAGAAUCCUUGAUUACUUGUCAAAAUAAUGUUGAGAAAAACAAGAUCAUUCUAGAAGAAACACGCUAUAUGGGCAACCAUCUUGAAGGAAAGUUCACCUACUAUGUACCAAUGUUGAUGAAGGCCACCAUGUUGUUUAAUAUAUUAAAAGAAUUAAGUGUGUUGUCUCCUUGCUACUACAUGUCUUUCCACAAAUUUGUUGAAAUUUUCUCUCAAGUUGUGGCCAGCAGAGAUAGAGGCAAAGGUGCUGUUGGGGCAACACCAGCUAGAGCUCAAGAACUAUCAGAUGCAACAACAUCGGCCAUUUUGAAAUAUUCAGCAAUGAUGAUGUUUGAAGAGCACUAUAAUCAAUUGUGUCUGCUACUGGCCCUGGAACAUAUGGUAAUGAUACAGAAGGCUUCCACUAAAGAAAUGAGUCUGUUUGUCAAUGGGUUUGAGAAAUGUGGAGUAGAUGAAUCAGGUCUUCUGCAACACAAACCUGAGUGGAUUGAGAAUAAGGUGUGGGUUGAUUUAAAUGUUUUGGAAUCUUUACAUCCAGUAUUACAAGGUCUGUGUGAUUCCAUCAGAGAAUUUUCUACAGAAUGGAAGGAAUAUUUUCAGCUUCCAAUAGUUCUGAUGAAUCCAGUACCAGGAAUUAACCUUCAAGAGUUGACAGCCUUCCAGAAAUGUCUGAUUUGGAAGAUGGCUCAACCACAAAGGUUGAGCGAACUAAGUCAAGUAAUAGUGAAUUAUGAACUAGGUAGUGUGGUCUCACCAGCUGAUCAUUAUAAUAUCAAUACAGUGUAUUCCUACACCAACCAAUUUACACCUACAUUACUCUUACUCCCUAGUUCUCGACCUCACAACCUAGCUACCACAGGUCAUCCGUAUAUUAAUCCUAUUCAUGAAGUCAAACGUUUAGCUAAGACUAUAGGUAUGGAAGGUAAAGUUCGUAUUAUUAAUUUCGGAGUAGAAUCUGAGUUAAACGAAGUAUUAAAUGCUCUGAAUGACUGUAUACAGAAUGGUUAUUGGUUGGUUCUACAGAACUACCAUCUUGCUGAAAACAUUGAUGAAGAGUUUCUGGUGAUUUUGAAGGAAUUGGUGUACAGUAGAUUCCUGCAAUCUCCAGAAUGCCAGAAGAAGAGCAUCAACAGUGAGGAGGGACGAAGUCUGAUCACACAGUCUCAACCUUCCAGUCAUUCUAAAAAUAGUAAAAUACAUCCUAUGUUCAGAUUAUGGAUUACCUCUAGAAUUGAUGGCAGACGGGUUAUACCAGGUAUACUAGUACAGCAUGGUCUGAGAGUAACAUGUGAGACCACCAUUAACUUCAAAUCUACCUUACAGAAGUCAUUCCGAUCUGCUGCUUUCUUACUCAAUAGUUCCCGUGCUAUCUCUGCUGCUCAGACUGAUGAGAGAUUUAGAAAAAUCAUGUCUUUAGCCUUAUAUCAUGCACUCCUUCAACAUCAGAGUUACUAUGGCAACGAAGCCUUCGCCAACAGACAUCAUUGGGAACUGACUGAUUUGGCGUCUGCUUCUAGCUUAUUUAAGUAUCUGUUUGUCUCUGGAUCUGAUCCAAUCAAAUCAGCUGAACUGAUCAGUCACAUUUAUUCAAAUCACUGUCUAGAUGAACAGGAUGCGAAAAUCGUGGAAUCCAUCGGCCAAGAGUUGUUGAAAGUUUCGUUACAAGAAGUAGAAAAUGUUGAGCUUGAUGAAAAUACUAACAGUGUUGCCAAUCUUUUGAAGAAACUGAUAACUUCCGAAUCAUCAGAGAAGUCCAAUCUGAACAAAGCAUUAGACAGUAUAGAGGAUACCUCAGCCCGUACUUUCUGUUUACCAUUGUCUGCUGAAAAGAGUUUGGUUGCAAGGAAAAGCAGGAUAAUGAAUUCGGAUAUGAUUCAAGUCAUUGGAGCUCCAGAACUGUUUCUCAUAUCCAGGAACUCCCAAACCACCAACCAGUCAGCCAUCUUGAUUUCACAGCUAUUAGAAAUGCUGCAAGAUCUGCCAAAACUUCCUCUAACCAGUAAAGAUGAAAUCUACCCAUUGGACAUUUAUUUCCAUUAUGAAGUGGAGGGAUACAAGAAACUCAUUGAAAAAAUAACCUCAGAUUUGACUUUGAUCUCAAAAGAGGUCAAAGGUGACAUCACCUUGACCUCAGAUUUAGCAGAAGUGAAAAAAUCUCUGCUGACUGAUGAAGUCCCAUUGUUAUGGAAACUGAGAAGUAAGUCAUUGACAAUAAAACAAACUCUACAAGAAUUGAAAGAGAAGCUACAAACUUUGAAAAGAUAUCUGGACAAGUUUCCGGCCUGUGUGAAUUUAUGUGUGUUUUUCCAUCCAGAGAGACUGUUUGAUGUCCUCUUACAACAAUACGCCAGAAAACAAUUUAAAGAUGUUUCUGAUUUGAAAUUGGAAUUUCAGGUCAUGCCCGUUGAUUUUUCUCCCUCCAUCUCUCCCAAGUCAGGAGUUUUUGUAACAGGACUGACCCUUCAUAAUGCCACCUGGGAUGCAUCCAGAUCAUUUCUCAUACCUGAUACAGAGACUGGUAGUCAAGAAUGUCAAGACCUACCACCAGUCUGGAUCAAACCAGUCAUUAAAGAGGAGAGUCUAGACGUGAAAAAUGAAAUAUUUAAAUGCUCUGUGUUUUCUUCUGUGGAGCACUCAAAUCAGUGCAGUGAAAAUGCAGUGUGCACCAUAGACCUUCCUACUCUGUUUCCAGACCUAUUUUGGAAACAUAAACGAAUUUUUAUAUCAACUAAUUUUACAUAUAACUCUAUUUCUAAGUAA